GAAAGGAGAGUCGAAGCCCGCGCUUCGCGCGUCCCCGGUUCCCCGGAGGGACAAAAGCGUGAGACCCGGCUGCAGCCACCACGCUUAGAGACUCAGGACUGGCCUCACGUGACCGAAGAACUUCCAGGGUGCUUCCAGCCCUGCGCGCCGAGGGCUUAAAGGGCCGGGCACGGGGGCAAGGGCCGGUGGGCGGCAGCGUGGCGCGCGCCGCACCGGAUCACGUGAGCAGUCCGGGCCACGUGACCUGCGCGCCCGGCGCCCUAGCGCUCCGCCCCUUCGCGGCCGGUCGGCUUCGGUGUUCUCUCCAGCUUCUGCGGCUGGCAGAGCUUCCGAGAGCUCAGCGGCGCUUCGGGAACCUGGGCCCGGCCGGCGCGGCGGUGGCAGGCCUCGCAGUCCACCUGCUUCAACCUUCAGAGUUAGCUGUGAUUACAGGAAAAGGCCUGGGUUUGAAGGUGGAACAAGAAUUGAAAACAUUGCUGGGGAGAGCAAGUGAUCCAUUUAACCAAAGCAGAGAUGUCAGCUUAUUUUUAGGUCACUUGAAGCCAGAGUCAUGGUGGAUGUAGGAAAGUGGCCAAUCUUCACUCUGCUCUCCCCUCAGGAAAUUGCGUCUAUUCGGAAAGCAUGCGUCUUUGGCACUUCAGCCAACGAAGCACUGUAUGUUACUGACAAUGAUGAGGUCUUUGUGUUUGGACUGAACUAUAGUAACUGUCUAGGAACUGGAGAUAACCAGAGCACACUUGUACCCAAGAAACUAGAAUCUUUAUGUGGAAAGAAGAUUAAAAGCCUUAGUUAUGGGAGUGGCCCCCAUGUUCUUCUCAGCACCGAAGAUGGAGUGGUCUAUGCCUGGGGCCACAAUGGAUACAGCCAGCUGGGGAAUGGUACCACCAACCAGGGCAUUGCUCCCAUCCAUGUCUGUACCAAUCUCCUGAUCAAGCAGGUGGUUGAAGUAGCUUGUGGAUCACAUCACUCAAUGGCAUUAGCAGCUGAUGGAGAGGUAUUUGCUUGGGGCUAUAACAACUGUGGCCAGGUGGGAUCAGGAUCUACAACAAACCAACCAACUCCUCGAAAGGUUACCAACUGUUUACAUAUCAAGAGGGUGGUUGGCAUUGCCUGUGGUCAGACCUCAUCCAUGGCUGUGCUGGACAAUGGUGAGGUGUAUGGCUGGGGUUACAAUGGCAAUGGUCAACUAGGCUUGGGAAACAAUGGCAAUCAGCUGAGCCCCGUGAGAGUGGCAGCUUUGCACAGUGUGUGUGUGAACCAGAUUGUCUGCGGCUAUGCACAUACUCUAGCACUAACAGAUGAGGGCUUGCUCUAUGCCUGGGGAGCUAACACGUAUGGGCAGCUGGGAACUGGCAAUAAAAAUAACCUGCUAAGCCCAGCACACAUCAUGGUGGAAAAAGAAAGGGUAGUGGAGAUCGCAGCCUGUCACUCCACUCACACCUCUGCUGCCAAGACCCAGGGAGGGCAUGUGUACAUGUGGGGCCAGUGCCGGGGCCAGUCUGUGAUCCUGCCCCACCUCACCCACUUCUCCUGCACUGACGACGUGUUUGCGUGCUUUGCCACUCCUGCUGUUUCUUGGCGCCUUCUGUCUGUAGAGCAUGAAGACUUAACAGUUGCAGAGUCACUGAAGAAAGAAUUUGAUAGUCCAGAAACUGCUGAUCUCAAGUUUCGAAUUGAUGGAAAAUAUAUUCAUGUCCAUAAAGCUGUUUUGAAAAUCAGGUGUGAGCACUUUCGAUCCAUGUUCCACUCAUAUUGGAAUGAGGACAUGAAGGAGGUGAUAGAAAUAGAUCAGUUUUCUUACCCUGUGUAUCGUGCCUUUCUCCAGUACCUCUACACAGACACGGUGGAUCUGCCGCCCGAAGAUGCCAUAGGUCUUUUGGAUUUGGCAACAUCUUACUGUGAAAACAGACUGAAAAAACUUUGCCAGCACAUUAUCAAGCGAGGAAUCACUGUGGAGAAUGCCUUUACACUAUUUUCUGCUGCAGUCAGAUAUGAUGCAGAGGAUUUAGAAGAAUUCUGCUUUAAGUUUUGCAUCAAUCAUUUGACAGAAGUUACACAGACGGCAGCAUUUUGGCAAAUGGAUGGCCCUCUGCUAAAGGAGUUCAUUGCUAAAGCCAGUAAAUGCGGAGCCUUUAAGAACUGAAGCCGAGGCUGCUGGGGUGUGUGUGAGCGCUGGGGGGCACUGUUGGUGAUGUGUCCAGCUUGUGCUCUACGGGUGAUGUGAUUCUGCAGGUAAAACCCAUCAGGUUGUUUUUUCCACAUCUGAGACAGUUCUCUGUAGGAAUACAGGAAAGAUACUCGGCUUUUCCUCAGCCCAUUUUAAACAACUUCUGUUUCCAGAUAUGUAUAUUUAAACGUGACUUUCUUACUUUGGGCUGGAACAUUGUGAAGGGAUGAAAGUUCAGCUGCUUUUGUUUUUGUAAUGAUUAGAGGAACUUCUGAACUUCGAAAAAGGAAGUUGUUGAGAACUCUGUUGGGUCACAUAGUACAACCCCUUGACUUCAGGAGCUGUGAUUGUGAAAUGAGCACAGGCUCACCAGGAAUUCACAGUGCUGACCAGGCAGAAGAGCGGGGUAGGUGAAGUGCUGCUCUUAGUUCCAGUCAGUACCUUACUGGGAAGGACAGUUAGAAUUGUUUGAAACUUUGUUGGUGUGUAUUCACUCUUGAUGGCUUUUUAAACUUCAAGGUAUAUCAAAGGAAUAUUCCAUUUAACUUUUAACAUUGGGUUAAAUCUGUUGAAAUAAUUGAGUAAAAGUAAAUUUGUAGGUUAACCAGGAGCAGUACUGUAGAACUAUCCAUGAAAAAUUGAUAACGAAAGAAUCUUUGUUUGGAUAAAGGUGAAUGUUUUAUUAAUUAGAAUCUCUACUAAUCUCAUGGUGUGUUAUUUCAGUAAGGUUGAAUUUGAAAAAUGGAAUGUAAAUUACCCCGUCACCUCUUCCCCUAUAAAUGAUCACUCAUAAAAAAAAAAACAAAAAAACAAACAAACAAAAAAAAAACAUUGUGUACUCCUGCCUUCUCCUAUGGCUGCUGAAUCAUCA